AUUUACUGUUCCCUUUUUACAGACCCGAUGGUAAAACUAUUCUGAAGUAAUAAGCAGAGCCGUCGCGGGGUUCAGUAGAUGAUUUUUUUCUUCUUCUCAUUUUCGCGCAAGGAUCUCGAAGCUCCGCUCCUCCUGACUCUCUGACUUUUCCAGCAGUUCAUUGUGUGACUGCAGCUCGAGAGGAUGACGGCUCGCGUGUGUUGUUUGGGGAGUGUGCUGUUAUUGUGUCUGUCUGGAUGCUUGAGCACAACAGACGCGGCUUCAGGACCAAACUGCACAGAGGUGGCUCACUGUCCGGCGAAGCUGACGGUCGUGCCGUCCAGUCGGGGAUGUGUUUCUGAUAAAGACUGCUCUGGAGGACACAAAUGCUGUGUCUUUGACUGCGGGGCUGUGUGUGUGCCGCCUGCUUUCACAAAGCCAGGAGUGUGUCCACGCAGAAAAUUUGGAGCAGGAAUGUGUGCCGAGUUCUGUGUCAAUGACAGUGACUGUCCGAACAAUGAGAAAUGCUGCAGCAAUGGAUGUGGACAUGAAUGCAUGGCUCCAUAUACAGUGAAGCCUGGUCGAUGUGCUCUACCGAAGGGGACUCCAAUGUGUGCAGAAUACUGUUACCAUGAUGGCCAGUGCCCUGCUGAACAGAAAUGUUGCCCAACCACCUGCGGUCAUGCAUGCAGUGAACCGUGCUGAUUUAACCUUAGGAGGAAAGAGUCAAUGGAAGAUUGAUUUUGCAUAAUCAUACAUACUUGAGUUUUUUGUACCAUGCUUUAUUCAUAGGAGUUGUUUCCCGUUUAUAACCGCCUAAUAAACCUCAUAGUUUCAGUAAA